AUGCCGCCGCCGCCCUGCCCCGCCGGCGCGGGCGUGCACGCGUCCUGGACGCCGCGGGCGCUGGCCGGCGCCUUCCUCGACCUCGCCAUCGUCUACGCCUUCCUCUGCGCCGCGGCGGCCGCCUCCGCGGACGACGAAGAGGAGGAGCUCGUCGACGCGCAGGAGGACGACGUCAGGGAUCUGAACCGCGAAGCGGACCAGCAGCGCCGGGACGUACGGUCCGCGCUGCAGCAGGAGCUGGACAAGGAGCGGAGCGCGGCGGCGUCGGCGGCGGAGGAGGCCAUGGCCAUGAUCCUGCGCCUGCAGAAGGACAAGUCCGCGCUCGAGAUCGAGGCGCGCCAGCAGCGCCGCACCGCCGACGAGCGCUGCGCCUUCUACGAGGACGAGGUGGAGGAGCUCAGGGACAUCCUGCUCAUGCGGGAGCGCGAGGCGCGAUCGCUCCAGAAGGAGGUCGAGUCAUACCGCCGCCUGCUCGGCCUCUCCGUCGACGGCGACGACGACGACGGCGACGACGAAGAGGUGAUGAUGACGCCGCACAACUUCUUCUCCGAGGGCGACCCCAGCUCGUCCAGGUCCGCCGCCAACGAUUCCGGGUUUAGCACGGCGAGGAGGCCGUUCGUGCGCGAGGAAUUGCUGUCGCCCAUUCGCGUCACGCAUCCCCUCGGCGGGUACCAGGACAGUUUGCCUGUUCAGCCAGCUCCUCCUCCUCUGCUCGGAUCCAAAUUGGAAGAUGAUGGCGCGGACACUGUGGUCAUCCUCCCCCUCUCCGCCCGGAGCUUGGAUUUCCCCCAAUCUGCCCGAAGCCUGGAUCAAGGUGGUGAUGUUGAAGUUGAUGCUGCAGCUGGUAUCAAAGCUAUGGAAGCGCUGACUGCUGAUGAAUUUCAGGAGGCGCGUGUUGACAAGAUUUGCCAUGAUAUCGUGCCAACUGAGAAUGAUGCAAAUGUCUUCGAUGUCCAUGUUGUCGAUGAUAUUUGCUUCUCUACUGAAGUUAAAGGCCUGAUCGGCCGAAGCUUCUCAGACGCAGCAAUGCAAGCAGACAAGUUGCAGAACCGAGCUGCCGCAGAUGAUCUCUUGGGGAAAAGUCUGAAUGCGAUUAAAGGUGCACAAGACAAGAUAAGGCUUGCAGCAAAUGAAAGAAGGCAAUCGUUACAGUUGCAGCUCUUGGAGGAUAUAGCUGACCAACUUCAAGAAAUCAAAGAUGCUGCAGAUGCAGGGCGGAACUUGCACUGUAUUUCUCCUAAAAGUUCAAAAAAAAUCUAGGACAGGACAAUUUUGCAACAGCAACACCGGCGAUACUGUAAAUAUUUGUCUCUUUAACUCUUUUCGUUCCCUUCUGUUGUAUUGUUAAUGUUUGUUUGUUCUUUUCAAUAAAAUAUGUGGGUUGUUGAUGAUGUAAAUGUAGAGGUUGAUUCAUUUCUUGUGAAGUUGUAAUCAUCGGUUUGUUUUAAAUGGAUUGUAUGUCCUCUUGGAAUAUGAUUGUGUGCUUCGUGUGCAGAUAAAUUUAUUACC